UCGGUGCACUCGGGCGAGAGCUGGAGCGCGGACCGGAGCUCUGAUCCCAGCGCAGCCGCCGCGAUGAGGGGCGCUCGCGGCGCCUGGCGUUUUCUCUGCGUCCUGCUGCUCUCGUUCGGCCUCCAGACAGGCUCUUCUCAACCAUCUGUGAGUCCAGCAGAACUGUCUCCACCGUCCAUCCAGCCAGCAAAAUCAGAGUUAAUAGUCAGCGUUGGCGAUGAGAUUAGGCUGUUAUGCUCCGAUCCAAGAUUUGUCAAAUGGACUUUUGAGACCCUGGGUCAACUGAGUGAGAAAACUAACAGUGAAUGGAUCAUGGAGAAAGCAGAGGCCAGCAAUACAGGCAAUUACACAUGCACCAAUGAGGGCGGCCUGAGCACUUCCAUUUAUGUGUUUGUUAGAGAUCCCGCAAAGCUUUUCCUAGUGGACCUUCCACUGUACGGGAAAGAAGGCAACGACGCUCUGGUCCGCUGUCCUCUCACUGACCCGGAGGUGACCAAUUACUCCCUCACGGGAUGCGAAGGGAAACCUCUUCCCAAGGACCUGACGUUUGUCGCUGAUCCCAAGGCCGGCAUCACCAUCAGAAACGUGAAGCGCGAGUACCAUCGGCUCUGCUUGCACUGCUCCGCGGCCAAGAAGGGCAAGUCGGUGCUGUCCAAGAAAUUCACCCUGAAAGUCAGGGCAGCCAUCAGAGCUGUACCAGUUGUGUCUGUGUCCAAAACAAGCUAUCUUCUUAGGGAAGGGGAAGAAUUUACAGUGACGUGCUUGAUAAAAGAUGUGUCUAGUUCUGUGGACUCAAUGUGGAUAAAGGAAAACAGCCAGCAGACGAAAGCACAGGUAAAGAGUAAUAGCUGGCAUCAGGGUGACUUCAAUUUUGUACGUCAGGAAAGGCUGACUAUCAGCUCAGCAAGAGUGAAUGAUUCUGGAGUGUUCAUGUGUUACGCCAAUAAUACUUUUGGAUCAGCAAAUGUCACAACAACCUUGGAAGUAGUAGAUAAAGGAUUCAUUAAUAUCAUGCCUAUGGCGAAUACUACAAUAUUUGUCAACGAUGGAGAAAACGUAGAUCUGACUGUUGAAUAUGAGGCAUACCCGAAACCUGAACACCAACAGUGGAUAUACAUGAACAAAACCAUCACUGAUAAAUGGGAAAAUUAUCCCAAGUCUGAGAAUGAAAGUAAUAUCAGAUAUGUGAGUGACCUUCAUCUAACCAGAUUAAAAGGGACCGAAGGAGGCACAUACACGUUCCUAGUGUCCAAUUCUGAUGUCAGUUCUUCCGUGACAUUUAAUGUUUACGUGAACACAAAACCAGAAAUCUUGACUCACGAGAGACUCACGAAUGGCAUGCUCCAGUGUAUGGCAGCAGGCUUCCCGGAGCCCACAAUAGAGUGGUACUUCUGUCCAGGAACCGAGCAGAGGUGUUCUGUUCCCGUUGGGCCGGUGAGUGUGCAGAUUCAAAACUCCUCUGUGUCACCGUUUGGCAAGCUAGUGGUUCAGAGUUCCAUCGGUGACAGUGCACUCAAGCUCAACGGCACGGUCGAGUGCAGGGCUUACAACGAUGUGGGCAAGAGUUCUGCCUUUUUUAACUUUGCAUUUAAAGAAGAAAUCCAUUCCCACACCCUGUUUACACCUUUGCUGAUCGGUUUUGUGAUUGCCGCCGGCCUGAUGUGCAUUAUCGUGAUGAUUCUUACCUACAAAUACUUACAGAAACCCAUGUAUGAAGUGCAGUGGAAGGUUGUUGAGGAGAUAAAUGGAAACAAUUAUGUUUACAUAGACCCAACGCAACUUCCUUAUGAUCACAAAUGGGAGUUUCCCAGAAACAGGCUGAGUUUUGGGAAAACCUUGGGGGCUGGCGCCUUCGGGAAAGUUGUUGAGGCCACAGCUUACGGCUUAAUUAAGUCGGAUGCAGCCAUGACUGUUGCUGUGAAGAUGCUCAAACCGAGCGCCCAUUUAACCGAACGAGAAGCCCUAAUGUCCGAACUCAAAGUCUUGAGUUACCUCGGUAACCACAUGAAUAUUGUGAAUCUUCUCGGAGCCUGCACCAUUGGAGGGCCCACCCUGGUCAUUACAGAAUAUUGUUGCUAUGGUGAUCUUUUGAAUUUUUUGAGGAGAAAACGCGAUUCAUUUAUUUGCUCAAAGCAGGAAGAUCAGGCAGAAGCCGCCCUUUAUAAGAACCUUCUGCAUUCAAAGGAGUCUUCGUGUAGUGAUAGUACUAAUGAGUACAUGGACAUGAAACCCGGAGUUUCCUAUGUUGUACCAACUAAGGCAGACAAAAGGAGAUCAGCGAGAAUAGCAGGCUCAUACAUAGAAAGAGAUGUGACGCCUGCCAUCAUGGAAGAUGAUGAGUUGGCCCUGGACUUGGAAGACUUGCUGAGCUUUUCUUACCAGGUGGCGAAGGGCAUGGCCUUCCUGGCCUCCAAGAAUUGUAUUCACAGAGACUUGGCAGCCAGAAAUAUCCUCCUUACUCACGGUCGAAUCACAAAGAUUUGCGAUUUUGGUCUAGCCAGAGACAUCAAGAACGAUUCUAAUUAUGUGGUCAAAGGAAACGCUCGGCUGCCUGUGAAGUGGAUGGCACCUGAAAGCAUUUUCAACUGUGUGUACACAUUCGAAAGUGAUGUUUGGUCCUAUGGGAUUUUUCUGUGGGAGCUGUUCUCUUUAGGCAGCAGCCCCUACCCUGGAAUGCCGGUCGAUUCUAAGUUCUACAAGAUGAUCAAGGAGGGUUUCCGAAUGCUGAGUCCUGAGCAUGCACCUGCUGAGAUGUAUGACAUCAUGAAGACUUGCUGGGAUGCUGAUCCCCUCAAAAGGCCGACAUUCAAGCAGAUUGUUCAGCUGAUUGAGAAGCAGAUUUCAGACAGCAGCAACCAUAUUUAUUCCAACUUAGCCAACUGGAGCCCCAACCAAGAGAACAUCGUGGUGGACCACUCGGUGCGGAUCAACUCCGUGGGCAGCAGCACUUCGUCCACCCAGCCUCUGCUUGUCCACGAGGACGCCUGAAGUGGACCGCAUGUCUGGGAUCUCCCCAACGCAGAGGUCCCCGUUCCUCUGGGUCCUAUGACUGUUCUGUUCGACUUGCAUCCUGCUCCCGGAUAAUGGACACCCCUCUGUAAUCCCGUCUUUAUGAGCACACUUUCAUGGCCGGUGAUUUUUGUCAUCAGCCCCCAUCCCCUUGCCAGGCCAGGGUUCAAACUGCAUAUACUCCCAAUAGCACAGUAGCUCCCGGUAACAAAGACAGUUCUGAGUUGGAGAAAGGGCGGGUGGAUGGCCUUGAGACACCUUGGGUCCUUUCUGAGCCUUGUCUCAUUUCUGUUCGGAAAGGAUGGUUGAUAGCUUAUUUGAAUAAAUGGCAGUAGUCACCUUCGGCGCUCGUAACUGUCCGUAAUGACAUGAUGGCUCCGCAAGAUUAGAAGCUGGGACCUAAGCCCUUGAUGUGGAAAGUAGAACAUUAUUGGGACAAAGGUCAGAAGUCGAUGAAUAUCUGGGCUUAAGAAAUCUACUAUUUUGUGCUGGGAAUGAGACGUAGGCCAUGAAAACGCUCCCUGAGCCUGAAUGAAGGCUUGCUGCUGAGCGUGAGCCUUUGCGCUACUGACCUGCUUUCUCAGCGGGCUUUGCCGUUAGGGAGCCGCGCCGGAGAGAGGCCUCCCCUUCCGCGUUUGUAUAUAUUCAUCCUGCAAUUGUACAUGUUCAUAUGCCUGAGGGAGGAAAACCCACAAGGUGUCAUUUCUGGAGACAACUCUGGCUCAGUCAGGUCUGCUGUAUGUAGGAAUAGAGAGCCAGGCAAGUUUGACGGACACAGUGCUGUGGUUUUUGGUUUUUUUUAAAGAAUAAACGUAAUUGUCAAGCACAAUCUUAACAAAAAUCUCCUUUUGUAGCCGAUGAACUUGCUGUAUAGAUUCUCCAGAACAAGCCUAUAGCUUCAGAAUGGCAUUGUGCUCAAUAGAUUCGAUGCCAUUUGAAAACGAUUUACUGCAUGACUCCAGUAGGAGUGAGAAAACAGUGCUGUCUUAGUUUGGAUGCUUCUGUAGCAGGAAAGAAAAUUUAGAAAUUUAGAUUCAGCCUCUUUGCAGACAUGUCCUGGACGCCAGGCCAGUACCUAUAUACUGUAUGUGUGCGCACGCACAUGUGCUUGUAGACACAUCUUUUGGGGGGUGUUCUUGCCCUGAGCCCAAGACGGUCCUUCAGUACCCAAGAACUCGCUUGGCUUUCGUCGUCCGUGCUGCUCUUCAUUCCCUUCACCUGGCCGCCCCGAAAAGCUGACCAAAAGCUUGCAUAGAGGCAUAUAGGAGGCCGAGCGCUUAAGUACCUAUUUAUGUCAGCCCACCGUCACUUAAGGCACUCCAUUAUUUAUACUCAGCAUACUGUACUUGUCCCUUAGAUCUUCUUAAUGCUACUCUCCCACUGAAACGUAUUUAAAUUUUACCCUUCAGGUUGUAGCCUGGAUAUUAUUCUUAGAGUCUGCCUUUUUCAUUGCUGCCCAGCUACAAGAGGUCCGUGUGGUACAUGGCAGGGUUUGUGUGUUGUCUUGCAAGAUUCCAGCUAUGCUGCCUUCACGGCUUCCCCCGCCUAGGUCCCUUAGGUGUCAUUUAGAGAACUGUGGCCAUUUAUCUGGAAGUAACCAUUUGCACUGGAGUUCUACGCUCUCGCACCUUUCCAAAGGUAACAGGUUUUGGGGUUUUGUUGUCAACGUAAGAGAUUGUCGCUGUUUGCCAUACUUUGAAAUUUUCCUUUGCAUUUCUGUUGACUUUGAUUAGAGUAAGAAAAGUGGUUGUUAACUGUAGAUGUCUAGGUACUUCAGGGGCACUUCACUGAGAGUUUUGUCUUGGAUAUUCUUGAAAGUUUAUAUUUUUAUAAUUUUUUGUUUUUACAUCAGGUAUUUCUUUGCAGUGGCUUAAUGUUUGAAAUUAUUUUGUGGCUUUUUUUGUAAAUAUUGAAAUGUAGCAAUAAUGUCUUUUGAAUAUCCCCAAGCCCGUGAGUCCUUGAAAAUAUUUUUUAUAUAUACAGUAACUUUAUGUGUAAAUAUGGAAGCAGUGCAGGUUUAAAGGAUGUUGGUGUUCCAUGUGUUUUUUUCCUGAUAUGUUGUCCAAUUGUUGACAGUUCUGAAGAAUUCUAAUAAAAAUGUAAAUAUAUAAAUCAA